CUACGAGCCUCCACUGUCUGUCAUAGGAAAAUGUACACUUAAUAACGGGUGAGUUGUGGUUUUAAUUUUGAGUAAUAUUGUUCUACGACAAUAAAAAAACAUAGUUUUUGAUCUUGCUGGUAAAUGUACAGACUGAGCCUUUUAUCUUAGAUUUUGACAACAUGUCGCUUAGGAAAGCGUUGAAUCCUAUUCUACGAACAAGGUACUUGAUCACGCCGACCACGUCGUAUUGCUUUACUAAUGCCCCUAACAUUAAGCACAAUGUUAUAUGGUAUUCAACAGAAAAGCCCAUUGUUAAAUCCAAUCCAAAUGAAAUCGAUAAAAAGAAACCAAAAGAUGAAGUCAAAGAAAAUUUAAUCACUGCUUGGUAUACAGUAGUAGUAAUCGGCGGUAUCGGACUCACAGUUUGGAUAUUUUACUCCCUAUACUGGGGAUUAUUCUCUCGCAAAAGUCCUUAUUCUGUAUAUAGCGAGGCUCGGGAACGUUGCCUCGAACAUCCACAGGUUCAGGAUGCUCUCGGAAUGCCUAUAAAGGCUUUUGGGGAAUCGAGUCGCCGUGGUCACAGGAGGCAUGUCAGUCACAUGAAUUACAUUAAGAACGGCGUCAGCCACAUGAAGGUCCUGUUUUACUUGCAAGGAACGAGGAGACGUGCAACUGUUGAGGUGGAUGUGAAGGAAAAUAAAUCCGGUGAUUACGAGUAUGCAUCCCUGUACGUGAAGGUGCCCAGAUAUGGAAUAAUCGUGAUAGAAGACAAUCAGAACAGGGACAUUCAGAAAAUAGAACACGAUGUCGUUAGAAUUUAAUCACGAUGUAUCAAAUAUAUGUGCGAUAAUUGUAUAAUGUAUACUAACUAUACAUAUGUAAAGAUGAACUUUUUAUUUAAAUGUGAUUAAGAUGUGAUUUUUGAAAAUGCAUUUUGAAUGUGAUUUUCUACACUGUGAUUUUAUGGUAUAAUAUCUCGAUAUUGUAUCAUAAAAUUUUACAGUAUAUUUCUGUCUAUUUGUUAUAUACUUGUAUAUUUUUCUCAGAAUAAUAAAAGAUUUUAUAGAGUUCGAUUAA